UGUAGGACUACUGACAAGUGUUUGGCCAAUUUAUCUUUGCUUCCAAUUCUGGAAAUCCAAAUGCUAUCAGCCUAGCUCUCUUCCUUCCCCAUUCUCCUUCCCAUUAACGAUCAAGAGUCAAGACAAGCUACAAGAGGAGGAAAUAUAGAGAAAGACUGGAAGCAAAUAGUAGUAUAUUAUUUGUUUCCCGAAUCAACAAAUAUACUGUAAUCCUGACAGAAAAUGGCAAGCCCUGGAGACGCAUUUCCGGCUGCUGACGCUGAAAAGGAGUUAAACCCAGGAGAAAACAAGAACUUCGAGGUCGAUCCCGUCUCCUCAGAAGUUGCUACCUCUUUGCAGAUUAAGGAACAAAUUGAAGCAGCAGAGAAAAAGGAAAAUGAGAAGAAAGAUGCAUUGGAUACAAUUAAAUCAGCUAUCCUUGUUUCAGGAAUUGUUGUAGCUCUGGCUGGAGCUGUGUUCGCCAUAGUCAAAAAGUUAAAAGAGAAAUGAUACUAAAUGUUCCAUGAAUAUCUUGGACAAAAUUUUUGUUCUUAUUCUUCUUUGGCUAUUGUUGUCAAUUUUUGUUUUAUUUUGAAAAUACCCUUUUUUCUUCUUUGCUA